AUGGUUUUGCGUUGUUGUUGGGGGACAUGUAAGGUUGACCAGCGUUACCCAGUAAGGUUGAAGGGUGUUAAGUUUAUUCCCUUCCCAAAGCCCAAAAGAAAUCUGCAGAAAUGUAUGAAAUGGAUUAAAAACUGCGAUCGUAAGCACGAGAUCCUCAAUGUCGACCGUAUCAACAAGCACAAAGCAGUAUGCUCUACACACUUUGUUGGAGGAAAUGGACAAACUGAAUUGUGGCCUGAUCCAAUCCCAGCCGAUGGCAGCCCACCCGUGCCAGCGAGAAUUCCCGUUAGAAGGAGGAUCUCCGACGAAUUUAAAGCAGCAAAUAACAUCUCUGCUAAGAAAAUGAAAUUGCAGUCCCCAUCUAAUGAAGAGAAAGAUCAAGGUGAAUUUGUAGCCAUGGAAAUGUCGACAUGAAGGCGCUUCAGGACGAGCUUUUAAAAGGCCACCAAGGCUUCCAUUUCGAAGAAUUUUGUGGACUCCAUACUUGAUUCCGUUCGUCAGUUGGCUUCUAGGCCAGUUCCGCUAGUUGACGCGUACGCUCUAGUAGCAGCUCUUGGCCAAUUGUCGGAUACCGCGAGGGAGAACAACCACGCAGAAUGGAAAAAAAUUGAGGCCAUCCACAAGCAAUGCCGCCCCCUCGUGAGGGACGCUAGACUAUCAAGGGUAGUCAUUCAGUUGCUAGGCGACAAGGAGGAAAAGCAGGUGGCCAGCCAAAUCCAUAAAAUAUUAAAGACCAACAGCUCUGCUCCGCAAUCGUUCGGGAGUUCUGCCCCUGGCCCAGCAACCCGUUAUCGGCCUUACCAAGGGAAUGCUUAUCAACGCAGGCGAUUGGCCUCAAGACCCCCGGUUCGGGGAAAGUGUUUCCUUUGCAGGAGUGCUGGACACUACAGCAAGGACUGCCCAGACAAGGGGAAACAAUAAUCGCACUAUUACCGUCAGGUUUAUGGGAUAUAUUCCCCCUGUUAAUGCAUCUACAUGUAUACAUGUAUAUCUACGUGUAUAAAUAAAGUUUGAAUUACAUGUCAAUUCGUAUGUCCUGGCUGAAUCGAAUAAA